CUGCUGUGGGGCCUUGCUCAGCGCUCCGAGAUGGGAGAUAUUACCUGGGUGGAUGGCUGCCCUUCCCUCUCGUGUGAGCUCUGGCAGGGCAGGACCUUGCUUUUCUUGUUCCCUGACCAGAGAGGCCCAAUACCUGUUAGCUGCUAGUAUUACUGCUCCUAUCUGUUCGCUUUUAGAACCUAUGCUUUUAGUCUCCAUGCUGCUGACGAAUCGAACUGAAUUCCACCCACCCACCCCUGGUUCCCUGACUUUCAUAGGGGCCUGUGAUGCUAGUGGUGAGUCAGUGAGGAGUCAGGCCUUAUGCCGGGGCCAUGACAGCACUGAGGGAUGGGCAGGUCAGGCUCAGCUCUCCAUGUACGUAAGCAGCCUCACCCAUCACCCACAGACCACAAAGACUUGUGGUUGCUCUAGCCAGCCAUGACCUGGGGAGGGGCAGUGACUGAUGGGAAGAGAAAGAUUGGGGGAGCUCUGGUGCCCCAGUAGGUUUUUCUCCCAAUGGCCACUGGAUGGCAGCACUUCCCCAGAAAUAUGGCGUUGUAGGGGGCAAGCUUCUCCUGAUGGAAUCAGGCUCAGAACCUGAGGGUUGGAAUCUUGAAGGAGACCUAGGCCCAGAAAGGGGUUGGGACUUGGCCUGGGCUCACACAGCCUUCAGUGGCCAGGCUGAGCCAGAGGUCAUCUGCCUGCCUGGAUGGACUCUGGAGCAGUAGGAGAUGGGGGUGGGGGAUGCAAUUCUCCCUGUGGACUGGUUAGGACUUGGUGGUGGCCUUUCACCGCCCUCACUGUCUGUCUCCUGCCACACUGUGAUUCUCUGUGGAGAGGGGACUAUGCCUUGUAUGCACCAUCGCCUACACCAGCUAUAUCCCCUGCCUGGGUCACCAUGCCCCUCUUCUAGGCCGGAGACCCACCAGCACCUCCUUCAGGACCCAGCUGAGAUGUUGCUUCCUCCAGGAAGCCUUCCCUGGCCUUUGGUCUGGGCAGAAGCCCCUCCUCGGGGCUCACAAAACAUGCUGGUUUCCUCCUGGAUGGUGAGGCCCCCGGGGCAGGGAUGGUUGGUGUAGCCGAACAGGCCCACCCUGAGGAUGCUCAGAUACUGUACCUUCCGAGCCUGCGACGCAGUGGUCCUCAAACUGCAGGAGGCCCUGAAGUCACCCACAGAGCUUCGGGGAAAUGCAGCCUCCAAGAUCUCCCCUUCCCGGACUCUGACCGAUAGGUCUGAGACAGAGCCAGGAGCCUGCGUGUGAGGUACUUCCCAGGCGAGUCGGAUGCAGGGGCCGAAGCAGCCUAAGGCCUUUGAAGUGUGCCACUGGCCCUGCCCUCUGAAUUGGCCAAAUGGUUAUAGUGAGAAGUGACAACAGAAACCUCUGAUGUCUCUGCCAAGUGAAUCACUCUCAAGCCACUUUCACCCUCGUUUCUCUCUUUUAUCUUCAUCGUUACAGCUUCUAUCUUGGGAGGGAUCACCAUGCCUGGUCCACAGCCACCAACCUCGGAGGCAAAGGCUGAUGUGCCCAAGAACCCCCCCAGCUCUGAAACAGCAGAGCUUGGGUUUGAGCUGGGGCCAUCCUGUGUUUAACAGUCUGUGUUAAAGCCUCUAGGUUUGGAGAUCACUGUUUGUUGAAAAAGCAAAUUUCAAAUUCAGGACCUAAACGCGUCUGGUGAUUCCAGCCUAGUGGAGGAAAGCUGGGCCACGGCCACUGUUCAGGUCCCCACCCUCAGCAGCUCUUUCCGUCUCUUCCCAUCCUAGUUCCCUCCUCCGGGGCCCAGAACAUCUCAUCCUGUACAAAAACCACAGCUAUUAUUAUGGCACUUCAGCCACAGCCAGGUCCUGUGCCAGGCUCUGUGGCAGAUAUAGAAAAGGACAAGACCUGCCCCCAGGGGCUUCCAGUCCAGCUGGAAAGACAAGUGCUUAGUGGUGGUAGAACGAUGCACUCGAACUUUCGUUCCCUUCAAAUGAAUUCAUGGUCCCAACCCAACCCCCUGAAUUGUCUGGAACAGGUUGCCAUGCUGUGUGGGCUGACCCAGGAGAACCGUCCACUGACAAACAUAAAGUGAGUCACAGUAUUUUAUCACUAACACACAUCUGGCACCUGGAUUUUCUUUUUCUUGUUGGUCACAGUGAUGCCUGUUGAUGGAUUCCUUGCAUCUUAUGGUAGGGGUUAUAGAGUCAGUACAGAAAGGGAACCCAGGAAGAGGAGAAACAGGAAGAAGCUGUUUAUGGUUUGUGGAGACAUAAGCCCUAAGCCCCAAUUAAUUUUAUGUAUUUAUUUAGGGCCGUGCCCAAGGCAUGUGGAAAUUCCUUGGCUAGGGAUUGAACCUGCAUCAUAGCAGCAAGCCUGGUUGCUGCAGUGAGAAUGUCGGAUCCUUAACCCAUUGCACCAUGAGAGAACUUCCCUGAGCCCCAAUUUUAGAGCAGGGAAACUUUCCCAGACAAAAAAAGUGAUCCACUAGCUCAGGGAAGCCAUGAAGGAGUUUCACAAGACAAUACAUAAAUAAUUGCCAGAUGUCAUGAUCCAAAUAACAACUGUUUCAGGAACUCAGAAAAAGAGGCAAGAUCUGGGAACCAGGAUGGUCUGGUAGGGCUGCAUGUGAGAGGUGGAUCCAAGCUGGGCCUGGAAGAUGAGGACGACAAGGAAGAGGAGUCUGGGCAUCUCACCCUCACCUGGGAAGAGGGACUGAAGUGGGUUGGGGGGUCAGGGGGCUUGAGUGACAUCUGCGUCAUGCAAAUGGUUUGUUUACACCUGUUGUUCCUUUUUAUCUUGACCUUCACAAGUAUCUUUGGGAGAAUCGCUGUGCACAGGCUACGUUUACCUGAUGCUCAGAGUCAGGUAGUGACUUGCCCAAGAUCCCCCAGCUACGCAAUGGCAGAGUCUGGGCUUGAGUUGGGGCUACUGUGAGGUGAAAAAACUAUAGUCCCUGUUAAAUUAUCUGGGUUUGGAGACCACUGAUUUUUAAAAUUGAAAAUCUGGCCUGCAAACAGCCCUAGUUCUGUGCUGACCCCCUGGGAGACAAGCGGAAGUGCCUCUCUGAAUCUCAGUUCCCUCACCUGCACAAUGGGACUGACAGUACUUGUUCUUCUCUCACAGGGCCAAGGUGAACUCUGAAAUCCUGUGAAAGUGAUCUGAACCACAGAGAAGUGGGUACAUGAGAAAGUCAUUGCUGUGCAUGCUAUGUGGCAUUCUGCACAGCUGCUGAGACUCAGAUGAGCUCUCCAAGGAGGGGGUGGGAUGGGAUUCCCAUCAGGCCAUCGGAUAUGCGGAUAAGCAUCCUUCUGCAUCUCUUCUUCCUCCGCCGCUCCUGGGAGGAAGCUGGACAGGCCUGAGCCCACGCUGUCUGGAUGAGGUGGAUGCUAGGGCUGGGGCCCUGGAAGCACUAACCCCAACCAGGGAACCUACUUUACACAAUACCUAUGGCAGCAAAGGUUGGUGGGGAGAUGGGAUUUGGACUUCUUGGAGGGGAGCACUGAUGGCGUUUCCUAAACUUCAGAUACACAGGGCUGUGACCUAAGUGGGACCCCACGGGAGCUGCUUCUCAGGACUAAGGAAGGAGAUGGGGGUGAGGAGGCUUUCACUAAAUGCCACAGAAAGCAUCUGCCCCAGUGCUCUUAGUUUGUGUUUGGGGAAAGAAGGCAUGUAAAGGGAAGGGAAGGGAGUCCAAUCUGUCAUCAACGGCAUAGCUGCGGAACACAGGUGUGCAGGUGUUAGAAGUGCACUAGACUAGAUGGUAGGACUCUCAGGGUCGAAAUCUGUAUAUUAUACCCACUUUGGGCGGCUCUGGACAAAAUCUCUUCCCUCUCCUGCACUUAGUUUCCUGGACUGCAAAACUCCGAUUAGGCUGGCAUCUCCAAGGAUCCUUCCAGCUCGGACACUGUCAUUCUAGUAGAGGAGUCACAGCACCCUAGGUCUGAAAAUGUGAAAGGGAAAGUGCUGCAGUUUGUAGUCCACUAAAUUUCGCCGGAGGUCUCCCCACCUAAGGAUGCUUCCGUUGCCACGGCAACCAGCCAGGCGGCUCGGUCCCCUGUGGUCCCGCUGAGGAAGCUGGGAAGAAUCCUGCCCUUACCAAGAUGGCGGCGGCCAGAGGGCAAGGGGCGGGGUUGAGCGCCGUCGGCCUGUCCAGACCUUUCCUCUGUUUCCGCUUUUUCAUGCUAACGGGGAGCUUCCGUCAAUACUUGUUCUCUUUCCUGGUUCUGGGAGCCCUAGGAACCAGGGACGGAAGGGUUGCCUGUAGAGCUCGGGGCAAACACCCAGGGCAGGAAGGCGGGAUUUCCGCGUCCCACCGGAAGUGACGCGACAGUCGCGGCCGCCGACAGGUGGAACGGCAGUUCCCCAUUCCCCCUGCCCUGCCGAGCUGGGCAGUUAGCCAGCCUACUGAAACUCUCGGAACCAUGUUUGCAGACUUGGAUUAUGACAUCGAAGAGGAUAAACUCGGAAUCCCUACUGUGCCUGGGAAGGUGACCUUGCAGAAGGAUGCUCAGAACCUGAUUGGGAUCAGCAUUGGAGGAGGAGCCCAGUACUGUCCCUGCCUGUAUAUAGUCCAGGUGUUUGACAACACCCCGGCCGCGCUGGACGGCACCGUGGCAGCCGGCGAUGAGAUCACUGGGGUCAAUGGCAGGUCCAUCAAAGGAAAAACGAAGGUGGAGGUGGCCAAGAUGAUUCAGGAGGUGAAGGGGGAGGUGACCAUCCACUACAACAAGCUGCAGGCGGACCCCAAGCAGGGCAUGUCCCUGGACAUCGUGUUGAAGAAGGUGAAGCAUCGGCUGGUGGAGAACAUGAGUUCGGGGACCGCCGAUGCCCUGGGCCUGAGCCGGGCCAUCCUGUGCAAUGAUGGGCUUGUCAAGAGGCUCGAGGAGCUGGAACGGACGGCAGAGCUGUAUAAAGGGAUGACGGAACACACCAAGAACCUCCUACGGGCCUUCUAUGAGCUGUCACAGACGCACCGGGCCUUUGGGGACGUAUUCUCCGUGAUCGGGGUGCGGGAGCCCCAGCCAGCUGCGAGUGAGGCUUUUGUGAAGUUCGCCGACGCCCACCGCAGCAUUGAGAAGUUUGGCAUCCGGCUGCUGAAAACCAUCAAGCCGAUGCUGACGGACCUGAACACGUACCUCAACAAAGCCAUCCCGGACACGCGCCUCACCAUCAAGAAGUACCUGGACGUGAAGUUUGAAUACCUGUCGUACUGCCUGAAGGUGAAGGAGAUGGAUGACGAGGAAUACAGCUGCAUCGCCCUAGGGGAGCCCCUGUACCGCGUGAGCACAGGCAACUACGAGUACCGGCUGAUCCUGCGCUGCCGCCAGGAGGCCCGCGCCCGCUUCUCCCAGAUGCGCAAGGACGUGCUGGAGAAGAUGGAGCUGCUGGACCAGAAGCACGUCCAGGACAUCGUGUUCCAGCUGCAACGCUUCGUGUCCACCAUGUCCAAGUACUACAACGACUGCUACGCGGUGCUGCGGGACGCCGACGUCUUCCCCAUCGAGGUGGACCUGGCCCACACCACGCUGGCCUACGGCCCCGGCCAGGACGAGUUCACCGACGGGGAGGACGAGGAGGAGGAGGACGAGGAGGACACGGCCGCCGGGGAGCCGUCCAGGGACGCGCAAGGGGCGGCGGGGCCUCUGGACAAGGGCGGAAGCUGGUGUGACUCCUGAGUGCCCCCUCGGGGUGCGGAUCCGGGGGGUAGGGUGAGUGGGCGGUCGGCAGCAUGGGAGCGGGGCGGGGGCCGCCGCACAGCAGGGUGGCGCAUAAAGGCCUGCUGGCUUGGGGCGCCUGCGUCCCUGCUCCUCUGUCCUAGCACAGUGCACCCGGGCUCCCGCGCAGGAAAGGCCCCAGAGCUGCGGCCUGGGACCUGGACACUGGCCCCCUCCCCCUUCCCUCCCCACCUCCCCAGCCAGCUGGAGAGCCUGGUCUCUGGAGCUGCCGCAGGAAGGAGAAAGAGGGCAGAAAGGAAGAGGGGUGGAGGUGGCGGGAAGUCCAGGACCUGCUCCUCGUGGGCACCUCACUGGCCCCCUGGAGCCUGCCGGGUGGGGGGCCGCAGGCGGACAGCCGAGGUGGGGGCCCGUGUUUUACGUGCGCCCUCGCCUCGCCCGGGCCGGCCCCUCCCCAGUGCACACUCACCUCGGCGGCCUUUAUUUAUUCUGUUCCCCUCGCUCAGCCACUUCCAGGGGAGGGCUGGGUGCUGGGCCUGUACCGAAUAAACGCAAACCCAGAUGGAGCCGGG